GUAAGCUUCACAUUUCGUUGCUAAGGUACGAAAACAUCAGUUUCGGCCCAAAAUUUUAUGGAUUAACACGGUUUCAAAAUUUUUGCCAAGAUGUCUGAAUACAGAAGUGAGAUGCUUCGCAAGCGAUUAUUUCCGUUUAACGUACAAAACAUACAGAAAUGGUACCAAUACCCGGAUUCACCGCCGCGAACAUCUCCUGAGUCAACUCCAGAACAAAAGGACGCUGAAACCGUACAGCAAGAGACUCACUCCCAAAUGCCUGCCGAGGAACCCCCAUUACCGCUCCUCUUUUGCCGAUUCACUCAGACCGAAGACUGCACUGCGUCCUUAAAAAUAGAAAAGAGAGCGCUGCGUAAAAAAGGUUCCUUGUCUCCAAAGACCAUUUUCACUAACAACAAGCCAAAAAAACAGAGAGUAAAGCUGAGACGAAGGUCGAAGAGAUUUUGUCCACUGAGUCAAGAGGAUUCUCUUCCAUUUGUCAGUGAACAAUCUCGUGUCGAUGUCGCCGUGGAGACCAUGUGUACCGAGGACGAAGAGGAAUCGGAAGAUGAGACGAGCAGUUCUUCUGACAGUUCUCGUGUUCUACCAUCUCAGCCCGUAUCGAGACCGACGCGAAUUAAACUGAAGGCUGCACCUGUGCCCAUCAGAUAUUCAACAACCAUUUUACGUAGAACAGCAAAGAAGAACUUGAACAAAACGAAUAAAGCGGAGGUCAAGCUUGAUAGCAUGCUGACAAUGAUCGAUGGGCUUCUGGCGGCCAGUCGAAACGAGCAGGCAAUGGGUAAAAUAAGUGGUUAUUUUCAGACUCUCAAGAAGGAAAUCAACUUUUGCCUGAAAAAUAAAAUUUCGCCGAAACUGUCUUACACACAAGACGCGCCGGCAGAUGUCCAAUCUAAUCCCACAGAAGGAAUUGGAAGUACGCCGGACAACAAACCAAUCGCCAGGGUGAUAGAUCCAAUGACAGACAUCAUCGAGACUAAAAUUCUCAAAAAAAAGGUCCGUGGUAACAGUAAAAGGUCAAACGAUAAUUUGUACAGUUUAAACAGAAUCAAGGCCAGAAUGGCGGAAGAGAAUCAUAAGGAUCGGAAGUCGCAUUAUGUAGGAACAUCCGCCAUGGAGCAUUAUUUACCGGAAAGCUUCAACUACGACACUGGAGAUGAACAGGAUUGGAUAAAACGGGAUAAGGAUGAGAGAGCUGCCGAUCGAAAAUUUUCAUCAUUGCUGCAGGAAAUGUUCGAAAUAGAUCCUGCAACAGCCGAAGCACUUGACGAUAACGAACACCCUGAUGAAAAACAAGAGAACCAACUCAAUGUAAGAGAAUUUCUCCAUAGACUUCAAAAGGAACUGAAAGCCGAACAAGCCCGGAAACCGUCCUUCUCAUCCUUCGAUACUAAAGAUCGAGAGUAUUAUCGUAUGAAAGCGAUUAGGUGUGGUAGGAGGAAAAUUUUUCCGAGCAGAACGCCGUUGAUAUCUUCAGUCAAACUGUCAGAAAUUGUAUAUGAUAAACCUGAUUCGUCGGAUGCACAGGCACAAAAUCAAUUAACGUUGAAAAACUCUGAGAAGGAAACAGUUUCGCUUGCCGAUCGCGACAAUGCCGGUGUCGAAGUAACUCCACCCGCGGUGAUUACACAUGAGAUUACAGACAUAGCGACCGGAAGAAAGGUCCGAGUAUCUUCUACAGAUAUAGACCAAACCGUGCAACUCAAGAUUCUUGCGAAACUGUACAACGAUACUUUAGUAAAAAAUGCAAUCGGCUCAGCUAUAUCAGAAAUACCUCCAAAAAGAAAGUAUAGACCGUUAAAAAUGGGUCUAAUACGGCUCGACGCGAUACUCAAAGAUAUAGCCAGGGAAGAUUACCAAAACGAACUCGAACUUGCGAUUCAGCGGAAUAACAAAAAGGAACCUUUAGAAUCGGGCAAUUUAGGUCUUGCCGCUUACAAACUGAUGACAAGACUGAAGAAUAACGGGGAAGAUAAAAUAAGAGACCUUAUGUCGACAAUAGGAUUGAUAACGCAACUCUCUAAAAAGUUUAGCUUUAAAGCGAAAACGGAUAAGACAUCCGUACACUCCAUUAAAAAGAAACGACUAUCAGGGAGGUACUUUGAGAGGCGCAAGAAGGCAAAGUCCGGGUCCAUAAAACGACACAGCACAAAAGGUAAAACAAAAAAAAGUGAACAAAAAAGAACAGCAUUCGCAAAAAAAAGAUCAUCAAAAGAUAAAGAAACAGGCGGAAAUAAGAGAGACAGUAUCCAAUCGAACAGGAGGCAUUCUAUUAAAAGGGGUAGAUCUCCGACGAUUGCCAAAUCAAAGGAAGCAACGAAUAUCAAACAGAAAGAUUGGGGGGGUGCAAAAACCAAAGAUUUUGGGCUCAAGCCGAAAGAAAUUGCACUUACGAAGCCAAAGUCAUCAAACGUACUCAAGUUUGGGGAAUCGCCAACCGCCAAGAUGAUCCAUGGCAAGCCAAAAGACUCGCAAACCGUGAGACGAAAAGAAUCACCGGCUGCCAUGCCGAAAGGAACGCUGACUACGAAACGGAAAGAAUCACCUGUCCACCGACGCAGAGAAUCUCCCGCGGUCAGGCGGAAACAAUCGCCCGGGGCGAAGAGCAAGGAUUCAUUCACCGUUAGGCGGACCCAAUCGCCAUUAUUUAAAAGAAAAGAUUCGCCGAUUUACCCAAAGCGGAAAGAAUCGCCGAUUAUGGUCAAACGGAAGGAAUCGCCUGUUGUCGCCAGGCGGAGAGAAUCGCCCGUCUUCAAACCCAAAGAACCGAUAUUUAUCGUAAAUGAAUCUAUUGCGGCCAAUCCGAGGGAAUGGACUGUUCUGAAAAAUCGAAACGACUUGUGGAAAUCCAGUACAGUUCGUGAUCUCCGUAGACACUAUAAUAGUCAAGAUUUGAACAAACACAAUUCCCAACUCGAAUUUUUCAAAGCGAGUCUUCCGCACGAAGGGCGUAAAUGGAACCCUGCACACGAUUUACCCCUCAUCACUUCUACCUACGAAGUACGACAGUUAAGUACACCUCAUGACGUACACCAGGCGACACCCCCUCCUCCCGAAGUACGUAAGACGAACCUCGUUAAAGAUAUGACUAAAUGGGGUGUCUCUCGUGAGACUCAAAAGUACGGCCUGACGUACAUCCGUAAAUCGAGUGCCGGUCGCGAAGCGCGUAAAUCCAGCAACUCUUGCGAUUCUCCUCGGUACGGAUGCAGGUCGAGAGUGACUCCUGACUGGCGCAAAAACGGUUCCAUCAGCGAUGGCCCAAAAUCGAGUGUUUCGCACGAAGUGAAUUUAUUAAGCCAUUUCCGCGACAAUCGCAAAUCGAGUCCGUCUGUCGACAGAUCCGACUCUGGGAAAACUCGUCAACGGACCCUACCGAAGCAGAACAUAUUCGCUCGAAGGACAAAACCAAACAUAAAUGUAGAGGCCGGUCCCAGCAGGAAGUCUACCGCGAAAAAAGAAAGACUGCAGGUCAAAAAACAGGUUUCAAGUGAAAAUGAUAUCGUUACAUUGGCCAAAAUGAACCCACUCGCUUUAGAAAAGGCUGCGCAACAGGCAAAAGACAGCAGCUCUUCAACUGAGUCCUUGAUGAAUAUAAUUUAUAAAUUAAUGAAUACUGAUUUGGACGAUGACGUUGUAGAAGGUCCGGUAGACCAUUGGGACAUCUAUAAGUCUGACGAUGAUAAGAGUGUCGACAAUAAGACCGAAGAUGAAAAGAGUUAUGGCGAAAACUUAGAAAACGUAACCACUGUCGACGAAACGACAGAAUACGCCGAUUUAGGGGACGAAAAUACAGAUGUUGAAAUGAAAGAAUGCGAAACAACAGAUGUCGAAAAUAAUGUUACCGAAAAUGAGGAUGUAGUGAAAAAUGAUUUCGAAUUGUUCGAACCCGUAGUAGUAGAUCAGGAGAUAAAAGAGGAAGAAAAGCGAGAUGUCGAAAAAAAGGAAGAUGAAAACAAAUUCGAGGAAAAUAAAGACAUCGAAUUUAAAGAAGGAGACAUUACUGAUUCCGACAAGAAGUUGCAGAGGAAACUGGUCCAUCGCCCUUUUAAGAAAGGCGGAAUCAUCGAGAAGAGAAAUGCCAAAUUUCGAGCGGAUAGGCGUGCGAAGGAAAGAGAAAAGCGGCUGGCACUCCUCACAUCGAUGAAAGCCGAACCAUUGGUACUUGAUAUGACAGCUCCCAGAAUCAACAAGUCCUCAGUGGAUGCGUCGACGCAAGUAAUGGCUGGAGGACAAGCUGCGAACAAGGAAAAACCAGAUUCGGAGCCGGUACAAGCCCACGGCGAGCCAGAAGAUGGUGAAAAACGUAAACCAAACAAUAAUCCGCCCAACCGUCUUACAUCCCUGUUCGAAAAGUCCUCUGAGCCAGAAACGGCUCCAAAGCAAUCUACCAGUCAAUGUAAACCGGUAACAUCAAAAGAAAGCAAAUUAGAAACGGAUCAAUCUGUCCCAAGAAAGGUCAGUAGGCUACGCUAAAGAUUGGAUUUCAAAAACCCGUCGAUAUUUAUACUUAACUCACGCACAAAUACAAAAACACAUUGAUUUACAGGAUUACAUUUCAAGGCAACUUCCCAAUAAAACAUUUUC